CUUGGGGUAAUCUUCACCAGCGGAGGCAGGCCCCGGGUAUCCGAUAUUCAAACUAUGGCAGGUCUAUUUAUAAAGGCGCUGCUGUGUCUGAUGGAGUGCACCUACGCACAACAAACACAGAGCGUGUCGGUUUUGUGUAAAGACACACUCGCACACGUCAAGCGGUCCACCAACAACAUCCUCAACAGCGGCGUGAGCUUCUUCCAAACACUUAGAGAUGUGUGCAAGGCUGGAGAUAGUGAGCAGAUACCCCCCCAGGCUACGGCCAUCGUAUGGAGUGCGUGUGACGAAGCCUUAGAGACCUUUCCUGCGCGCAAUAGCGAUGCUGUGUGUGCCAUGUUGCGGGUUAUCGACGAGCUGCUGCAGGAUGCUGUGGAGGAGCUCAAUGGAGAGUACACCCAGGCUAAGGAAGAAGCCAGCCAGGCCUUCGACGAGGGCUGCAACCCGUCAUCGACAAAUGCAAGCGAUGCUGACAGUGACGACGAGUACGAUGUACAAGACGAUAUCUGGAGCGCUGUGGAGCUGGAUACAGCUUCAGCAACCUUGGGACUUUGUAAGGCCACAGAUAAAGCCGUAAAAACCGUCCGUGACCGCUUUGUAAUCUAUUGUGAGAACGUAGGCUUCGAAGGCGUCAUGUAUCUCGAUGCUAUAUCGAACGUGUCUCAAGGCCUGUCCGAGCUCGUCGACGACCUUGUUAUCUGCAUGUACCCGCCACAAGUGCCUGCAACCCUAUUAGAGAAUGCCGCACAUCUCGAGGAUCAAGUGCAACGGUUACUGACUUUGGCUCAGAAAGAGGUGGAUGGGGUGUCUCUCGAUGUGUCUAAGAAGGGUGUACAGGCUUGUGAUAUAGUCUCGAAAGCUCUCACAUACAAUUUAGAGAACAUCAGGAAAACGAAUGUAUAAUCACACUUAUGUACAUACGUGCUUUUUUUUAGUGUGGUGGGAUUAGUAAAUAUUAGUAAAAACAGAAGAGGAGGAGAUUCGACUUAUCUC